AUGCAGCAAAUACAACCGCAAAUGUUGCCAAAUGAUAUGAAUGCGAUGCAAAUAACUUCGCAUGUGAUAUUGCCCCAAGUGCCUGUGUUCAAGCCUCAUAUGAUAACAAGUGGUGUACAACAACAAUAUUAUGGUGGACACUAUGAAGCAUUUAUUAAAGAUCAACAUUGUCUUAUUACUAAAGUGGAGCCAGAUGUCCAACUUAUAAAUGAGAAACAUAUUGAAUAUAAAUCAGAGUUCAACCAGCAACAAGAAAAAGAUACUGCAACCAAAAAGAAGAGGACUCGAAGUCAAGUACCAAAUCCAAGCAAAUGGGCCUGUAAUGUACGGAAAAUAAAACAUCAAAAGGGUGAAGCAUAUAUUAGUCGGAGAGGGAAAUAUGUUCCAGAGAGACGUAUAAGAAAUACAAAAGACUGUCUCAAGUCAUGUAAAUAUAAGUGCAAUGAAAGGAUCAAUGAUGUGGACCGCGAGCAUAUAUUUAAAGCAUUUUAUUCUUUAAAUACUAAUGAAAAGAAACAUUUCCUUCUAAAUACAACUGAAAGGAAUUAUGUAAAACGUAAUAAAUCAGUGGAUAGUAACCAUAAAAGACAAUAUUCAUUCAAAUAUUUCUUUUUGGUUAGAGGUGUAAGGUAUACAGUAUGUAAGAAUUUCUAUUUAGGGACACUUGCAAUUUCACAAAAACCUGUAUAUAAUGUGCAUUCAGGUAAAUCUGAUAUGAAUCUACCGAAGCCUGAUGGACGUGGUCAGUCUGAAGCAAGUGCACAUUCCUUACCUUCAGAAAUAAAAGAUAGAGUUAGAAAGCACAUAAUGUCUUUCACAACAAUAGAUUCAAAACCAGUGAAGCAAUUUUCCAGAAAGAAACAAUACUUAGAAUCUAAACUGAGCAUAAAACAAAUGUAUACAAUGUAUUUUAGUGAUUGCAAUAAAGAAAAUUUGGUGUCUGUAAAAGAGUCGAUGUAUAGAAAGAUUUUUAAACAAGAAUUUAAUUUACAUUUUAAGAAAGAUAAGGCUGGCCAUCAACUUUGCUGUAGAUGCAAAGGGCCUAUUAAGAAGAAAUGA